GGACCGGCGUGGGGAAAAAGACUGUGAAGGAUUUCGCUGCGUUGCCCUAGCGAUUUGUUUGGGGGAGUUGUUGUGUUGUUUCUUCCCGAGAGUCUCAGUCAACCAUGCCGACCGUAAGCGUCGGAAGAGAUCGUCUUUUUGCCGCUCUCGGAAGAACUUACUCGCAGGAAGAGUUCGACGAGCUGUGCUUCAGCUUCGGAAUUGAGCUCGAUGACGUUACGACGGAGAAGGCGAUCAUUAGGAAAGAGAAGCACUUGGAGGAGGAUGCCGAUGAAGAUGAAGAAGUCAUCUACAAGAUUGAAGUCCCAGCAAACAGAUACGAUUUGCUGUGUCUUGAAGGGCUUGCUCAAGCACUGCGCAUUUUCAAUAGGCAGCAGGAGAUACCCAGAUAUACAUUAACCAAUAUUACCAAAGAAUCUAUGCACAGAAUGCAUGUAAAACCGGAGACUUCCUUGAUUCGUCCUUAUGUGGUUUGUGCUAUUUUGAGAGACAUAACUUUUGAUGAAGCAAGUUACAACAGUUUCAUUGAUCUACAAGACAAACUUCAUCAGAACAUAUGUCGACGGAGAACACUCGUUGCCAUUGGAACUCAUGACCUGGAUACACUUGAAGGCCCUUUCACCUAUGAGGCUUUGCCACCAACUGAUAUAAACUUCGUGCCACUGAAACAGACAAAGAGUUUCAGAGCUGAUGAGCUAAUGGAGUACUAUAAAUCAGAUUUGAAGCUGAAGAAGUUCUUGCACAUAAUAGAAAAAUCACCAGUAUUUCCUGUUUUGUUCGAUCGCAACAGAACUGUUUUGUCUUUACCACCAAUUAUCAAUGGUGCACAUUCAGCUAUUACUUUGAAGACAAAGAAUGUGUUUAUUGAAUGCACUGCAACCGACCAUACAAAGGCAAAUAUUGUCUUGAAUACUAUGGUAACUAUAUUUUCAGCACUCUGCAGAAAGAAGUUUGAAAUCGAACCAGUUGAAGUCAUACAUUCUGAUGGGAAAUCAAGUAUUUAUCCAGAUUUAUCCCUCUACAAUAUGGAAGUUUCUCUGUCGUAUAUCACUAAUUCUAUUGGAGUCUCAUUGGAGGCAGAAGAGGUUACCAGUUUGUUGAAUAGAAUGCAAUUGCACGCUGAGCAGUCAGGUGACGAGUCUAGCAUUACUAUAUCCGUGCCCCCAACAAGGAGUGAUGUUCUUCACCCAUGUGAUGUCAUGGAGGAUGUUGCUAUUGCUUAUGGGUUCAAUAAUAUCCCAAAGAGAAAACCAGCAUCUUUGCAGCCUCUAUCAUUAAAUGAGUUCACUGAUCUUAUCAGACUAGAGAUUGCAAUGAGUGGGUUCACAGAGGUCCUUACAUUUGUCCUCUGUUCUCAUAAAGAGAUUUUUUCCAUGUUAAACCGUGAAGAUGAUAAAUCCACUGCUGUUAGAAUUGCAAAUCCCCGUUCAACAGAUAAUGAGGUUACACGAACCAGUCUUAUGCCUGGUCUUUUGAAAACUGUUGGAAAUAAUAAGGAUCAUCCAAAGCCCAUAAAGAUAUUUGAAGUUGGCGAUGUAUUAUUGCUGGACGGUGCAAUAGACGUUGGUGCAAGAAAUCACCGCCAUCUUGCUGCUCUAUAUUGCAGUGCCAAUUCUGGUUUUGAGUUGAUUCAUGGUUUGGUUGAUAGAAUUAUGGAAGCCAUUGGGGCUCCUUUUGUUUCAGUUGGUGACGAAAGUGGGUACUACUUAAAACCUUCAGACAAUCCAGAGUUUUUUCCUGGUAGACAAGCACACGUCAUUUGUAAAGGAAGGACUAUUGGCACUUUUGGUAUUGUUCAUCCCGAGGUUUUAAAUAACUUUGACAUUCCUGACCCAUGUUCCUUCGUUGAACUUAGCAUCCAGAGUUUCUUAUAGUGUACCCAUUCUACAGAGUA